GUCUUAGCUUUCCAAGAAGAUGAGGAGCCAUCUUUUGUUGGUCAUAAUUGGAACCUUUGCCGUUUUGGUUGGCGCCCAAAAACAAGAAGGUUUCAUCAGUUUGGAUUGCGGAUUUCCUAUUGAGGAAUCUCCUUAUAGUGAUCCGUCUACUGGAUUAACAUUCACAUCCGAUUCGACAUUUAUCCAGACGGGGAAGAGUGGUAGAGUCGAUAAAGAGCUCAACAAAAAAUUCCGAAAACCAUAUUUGACUCUAAGAUACUUUCCAGAAGGAAAGCGUAAUUGUUAUAGUCUAAAUGUUAAUCGUGGCACAAAUUAUCUCAUAUUGGUUACCUUCAUAUAUGGAAAUUAUGAUGGUCUUAAUAUAUAUCCAAACUUUGAUCUCUAUCUUGGUCCUGAUAAGUGGGCACGAAUAGAUAUGGAAGGAAGACAAAAUGGUACAUUCGAGGAGAUCAUACACAGAGUGAGGUCAAGCUCUUUGGAUAUUUGUCUCGUUAAAACAGGACCAACCUCGCCGAUAAUAUCAUCUAUAGAACUACGACCAAUGAGAAAUGAUACUUAUGUUACGCAUUCGGGCUCACUGAGGAACUCUUUCCGGGUUCAUUGUAGCACUUCUGAUAGAGAGAUAAGGUAUGAUGAUGACUCCUACGAUCGUGUCUGGUAUCCAUUCUUCAGCUCUUCAUUUACCUAUAUAACGACUAGUCUCAAUAUAAACAAUUCAGAUACAUUUGAGAUACCAAAAGCUGCACUCAAAAGUGCUGCGACACCUAAAAACACUAGUGCGCCGCUGAUCAUCACUUGGAAACCAAGACCCUCUAAUGCUGAAGUUUACUUCUAUCUUCAUUUCGCUGAGAUACAAACUCUUGCAGCCAACGAGACGAGGGAGUUCGACAUUGUGUUGAAAGGAAACUUUAAUUAUUCAGCUUUUAGUCCUCCCAAGUUAGAGCUACUUACAUUUUUCACAGCUGCACCAGUGCAAUGUGACUCAGAUGGUUGCAAUUUACAACUCAUAAGAACUCCAAACUCAACGCUUCCACCGCUAAUCAACGCUCUUGAGGCUUACACUAUUAUCGAAUUCCCACAAUUAGAGACAAGCCUAAGUGAUGCCAGUGGAUUAACUGGGAGUCUAGCCUCAUUUUUUCAAAAUCUAACGCAAAUACAAGAGCUGGACUUAUCUAACAACAGUUUGACUGGACUUGUGCCUGCUUUUCUGGCCAACAUUAAAUCACUAUCUUUGAUAGACUUGAGUGGGAACAAUUUUACCGGUUCAGUUCCGCAAACUCUUCUUGAUAGAGAAAAGGAAGGACUUGUCUUAAAACUUGAAGGAAAUCCAGAGCUAUGCAAGUUUAGUUCAUGCAAUCCAAAAGAGAAAAAGGGAUUAUUGGUACCGAUUAUUGCAUCAAUUUCCGCUGUGCUUGUUGCAAUAGUGGUUGUGGCUCUCUUUUUUGUUUUCCGAAAAAAGAAAGUGCCUUCAGAUGUACAUGCUCCAACAAGCAUGCCUGUAGUAGAUGUUGGACAUGCUAAACAUUCAGAACCAUCAUUCGUCUCGAAAAAGAUAAGGUUUACUUAUUUCGAGGUUCAAGAAAUGACAAAUAACUAUCAGAGAGUUCUUGGUGAAGGCGGCUUUGGAGUCGUUUAUCAUGGUUGUGUUAAUGGUACCCAACAAGUAGCUGUUAAAUUGCUCUCUCAAUCAUCUUCUCAAGGCUAUAAACAUUUUAAGGCAGAGGUUAGACUUUGACCCGGUGAUCUUUGUUGGAAUCUAAUUGUUGUUUACAUGUACUUUCUAUCUUUAAAAGUAUUAGCUAAUGGGUGUUUUUUUCUAAGCGAGUCUUUGUUGGUUUUCUUGAUUUCUAUAGGAACCAGAAAGUGAUCGAGAGAGAACAUGAAGAUUCAUAUUUUGUUGGCCAUGAUUGGAACCUUUGUCGUUAUAGUUGGAGCCCAGGAUCAAGAAGGUAAUAAUAUAUCAUCUUUUUCUUGGUUAUAAAUCAGUCCUUUGACU